GAGCAGAGAAGUUGUGGCAAUGGCAAUGGCUGCUUCCACUGCAACGGACCUCUCCCUUCCAACGUUCAUCUUAUCAGGAACUUCUUCUUCUCUUCAUCGUCACUUUAUCUCUCUAAACCUCUCUUCCCUUUCUCUCUCUAGCUCCACCCCCCGCCGUCCCUAUGAUCUCCGCCUCCGCCUCCGCCGCCGGACGUCGGUGCUCUGCGAGUCGGCCGCCGGGACGCAGCUCUCCGACUCUGAAUUCGCCGUUCGAGCCGGUCAGGACCGUAUGUUGAAGGUUCCGAUUGCGAACAUCAGGAAUUUCUCGAUUAUAGCUCAUAUCGAUCAUGGGAAGUCGACAUUAGCUGAUAAGUUGCUUCAGAUGACUGGUACUGUACAAACCAGAGAGAUGAAGGAGCAGUUUCUCGACAACAUGGAUUUGGAGAGAGAAAGAGGCAUCACAAUCAAACUGCAGGCAGCUCGAAUGCGUUAUGUUUUCGAAGACAAACCAUAUUGCCUCAAUUUGAUAGAUACUCCAGGACAUGUCGACUUCUCUUAUGAGGUUUCACGAUCUCUUGCUGCAUGUGAGGGUGCACUUCUUGUUGUGGACGCAUCCCAGGGAGUGGAAGCUCAAACUCUGGCAAACGUUUAUUUGGCGCUAGAACACAACCUCGAGAUUAUUCCUGUUUUGAAUAAGAUAGAUCUUCCAGGUGCUGACCCAGAUCGUGUCAUCAAGGAGAUGGAAGAGGUUAUCGGGUUAGAUUGUAGCAAAGCAAUACUCUGCUCAGCAAAGGAAGGAAUUGGUAUUAUUGAUAUAUUGAAUGCAGUUGUUCAAAGAAUUCCUGCACCCCGUGAUACAGCUGAAAAUCCUCUAAGAGCGUUAAUUUUUGAUAGUUAUUAUGAUCCAUACCGCGGUGUCAUUGUAUAUUUUCGAGUCAUUGAUGGGAAAAUAAGGAAAGGUGACAGAAUUGUUUUCAUGGCUAGCGGGAAGGAUUACUUUGCUGAUGAAAUUGGAGUUCUGUCUCCAAAUCAAAUUCAAGUUGACCAAUUGUAUGCGGGUGAGGUUGGCUACCUUUCUGCGUCUAUAAGAUCUGUUGCAGAUGCUAGAGUGGGAGAUACAAUUACAAGCUUCGGUAGACGGGCAGAAUGCUCUUUACCAGGUUAUGAGGAAGCUACCCCUAUGGUGUUCUGUGGCCUGUUUCCAGUUGAUGCGGACCAGUUUCCUGAACUUCGUGAUGCAUUGGAGAAACUUCAACUCAACGAUGCUGCAUUGAAGUUCGAGCCUGAAACUUCAAACGCUAUGGGUUUUGGUUUUAGAUGUGGUUUCUUGGGUCUUCUCCACAUGGAAAUUGUACAGGAAAGGCUAGAGAGGGAAUACAACCUGAGUCUAAUUACCACUGCUCCAAGUGUUGUAUAUAGGGUGAACUGUAUAACUGGUGAUACUGUCGAGUGCUCAAACCCAUCGUUACUUCCAGAACCUGGACAGAGGAGAUCAAUUGAGGAGCCUUAUGUUAAGAUUGAAAUGCUCACACCAAAAGACUAUAUCGGUUCACUAAUGGAGCUUGCUCAAGAGAGAAGAGGAGAGUUCAAAGAAAUGAAAUAUAUAACCGAGAAUAGAGCUUCUAUCAUCUAUGAGUUACCCCUUGCAGAGAUGGUGGGAGAUUUCUUUGACCAGUUAAAAUCCAGGACGAAGGGAUAUGCUAGCAUGGAAUACACAUUUCUCGAGUACAAGGAAAGCAAUCUGAUAAAACUCGAUAUUCUGAUCAACAGUGAGAAGGUGGAACCUUUGUCAACCAUUGUACACAAAGAUAAGGCAUAUUCCGUCGGGAGAGCUUUGACUCAAAAACUGAAAGAGCUUAUUCCACGACAAAUGUUUAAAGUGCCCAUCCAGGCUUGUAUGGGAUCAAAGGUGAUUGCUAGUGAGUCACUAUCUGCGAUCAGGAAAGAUGUGUUAGCCAAAUGUUAUGGUGGUGAUAUUUCACGGAAGAAGAAGCUUCUUAAGAAACAGGCGGAGGGAAAGAAGAGAAUGAAGGCGAUAGGUAGAGUGGAUGUCCCUCAGGAAGCUUUCAUGGCCGUCCUCAAGCUUGAACGAGAGGUCUUGUGAACGAAUACUUUGCUUCUUGUACUCUCCCUCAUCUUUCUUCUUUUGUUUUCUUGGUUUUUUAUGAGCUUGUUUUAUGUUGUUACUUGUUACACCCAUUCAGCUCGAAACAUAACAUUCGUUGUGAUUACUGGUUAAGGGUACUGACCGCUGCUCAA